GCUGUCGAGUUAUUGCCCAAUCUUCUGCAAGUACCAGGAGUUUCAACACAAUGUCUUCUGGAGAAAAUACGACGAAUGGCCAGUUCUCUAACCAAAGAUGGAACCAUAAUUCUGCGGCGGAAGGGAAUACUAAUAAUUCUAGUCCAAGACCACCGAAAGUUAUUACAGAAAGUCGAGUGCUAAGUUUAGUUAGAGAGCGUGAUCAACAACAGCAACAACGUCAAAAUUCAGAACCCCAGACAAAACCUGAUUACUCUCAGCCACCACCAUCAGCAAGUAAUUUUGUGCCACCAGCUGCAUAUCCACAACCAUUGACACUCCCUGAAAUCAAAAGCCAAAAGCUAUCUGCAGAUGCUAAAGAAUUUGUUCCUCGGGCACAGCCCGUUUAUCAGUCGGAGCAUUAUGACAGCUCGCAGUAUAACUCAGAUGACUCCUAUGGCUUGUCGGUUAGUGCUGAAGAAUUUGUGCCUAGAGGCCCAGAAGAGUAUAACUCUUUUGACCAAUGUUAUCAAAAUUACUCUUAUGAAGUUGACAAUACAAGCUAUUACUUCAACCAAAUGAACCUGCAAGACUCUGACUACUCUGAAUAUUCAACAUAUGACGCACCAUCAGAAAGCACUGGUAACCCUAUUUUAGAUAGGUUUAACCACUCUUUGUAUGUACUGAACAUGCAUCCAGGAAACAUGGAAGAUUACUUGCGCCCUGUGUGUGAAAUGAUUCAGCGCAAUCCCCAAUGUACAGACAUUGUAAAUGACAUGGUUGAGAAUUUGUUUAAGCAGAGUAUUCAAGAGCAAAACUUUCGCUAUACUGGUGCAAGAAUUUGUCAGUAUCUCACCAGCAAUUUAAAAAGCAAUCCUUCAUUUUCGGGAUUUAAUAAAAUUUUUAUGAAAAGAUGUCAGGCAGAGUAUGCCAAACGUGCAGAUUUUAUUCAGGGCGGUCGUGAGGAUCAGGAUAGACUGAGAGGAUUAUCAAUGUUCAUGGCUGAAAUUUUCCUAAAUGUAGAAGUGGAAACUCCUGAUGGCAGUCACCAGCCUCUUCAAUUUCUUCCUGACAUUCUAAUGGACUUGAUCCAGACUUUGCUUUCUAAACCCACUGAGCAGAAUGUGAAAUGUUCAUGCCAUAUGCUGAAGUUGUCUGGAAGUCUGAUGGAUAAUGUUGUAAAAAACAAUCCAGUACAGUGUGGGAAAUUUGUCAGCAUUUUUGAUAGUCUUAAGUCAUUACAACAGAGUCCUGAUUUACCUGAGAAUGUUAAACUGCUUAUUGGAAGUGUCAUAAAACUGAGAGAUGGUGAAUGGAACAGAACUUCAUCUUCUCCACCAAAAAAAGCUUUUCAAUUUACAUCAGACACUAAUAAUUUACAGGGCCUCGAGCCAGUUUUCUAUAACCAUGAUGGCAGUAUAUGCAGUCGAAGAGAGGCAGGUUUACCUGAUGAAGAAACAGAGGAAGGUGCAUAUGUCCUGAAUGAAGAGGAAGAGGAAGCUUUCUUGCAGUGGCAAGCUGAACAAGAUGGGUUAACAGGAGAGGCUGGACCAUGGAAUUACAAUGAUACUGGCUAUGAAUCUUAUCAGCUGAUGAUGCUUUAUUUCAGUGAUGAUGUCAACGAUGAUGGAGGGAUGGGGGAUGAAGUGGAGGCUGCUUAUGAAGAGUUUCUGCAGGAACAGAAUUAUAUUCAGAGUUAUCAGCCUCCCCCUCCUCCAAACCCACACAUAAUCCCACAGUCUCAGCCACCAAUUAUUCCUCAUCAAAUGCAUCCCGGUUUCCCGCCAUUGCCAAUGAAUUACUAUGGCAUGCCACCCAAUGCUCAGCCUAUGCACCCACCAAUGAUGCAACCAAAUCAGCUGCCUCCCAACCUGGAUCAGCAACAACAACCAUCUCAGUAUCCUUACAACAACAGCAAUGACCCUUAUCAUUACCACAGGUGAUAAGCUCUGGGUUGCUCACACGCUGAAGCUGUUAUCUAAAAAGCACUGCUCGUUUUUUUUCUCUUAUGUUCUUGUGCUGGUAUUAUGUAUUUCCAUUUUGUUCUUCUUGUCUGUGUUCAAGUGCUAUGCUUCAAAAGUUCAUUAGUGCUCGCAGAACUAUUGGAAAUGGUUUAUUUACCUUUCACAGGGUGUGCACAAAGCAUAAUUGUUUAUUUGAAUGGGGCGUACGUAUUGUAGAUUUGGAGGCGUACAUAGUGCAGAUAUUGGGGGUUAUAGACAGGUUGAAAUGAACUAGUGCAGAGGUAAUUGUUAUAAUUAGUUUUUUUUGUUUAACCAGACAUGUAUUUUUUUGUUUAUAUGGUUGCCUCUAGUCUGCAAGUUGAAAGCAUUUUUUUCUGUAGAUUGAUAUGUUCAUUUAUUUAGAUUUAAAAGAAAAUCAAAAUCUUAAAUAAGCUAAGCUUGUAUGUCAGUAAUCUGAUCUAGAUUUAAUUUAUAAAUUGAUAAUUCAAAUCCAGCUUUCUGUUUAAAAAAAAAACUUAAGAUUAUUUUUUUAGAGAAGUCAUUGUUAUAGUGCAUGCAGAUGCUAUUUUAUAAUGUUGUGUGAUGAAAAAAUUAACACACUGUCAUAAACUAUGCUAUUGUAAACUCAGGUUGUUAAGUAAUGUAUAGUUUACCAAACCAGAUCUAAAUUUAUCAAAGUUGUUCUACUUACUGUGCCUAUUAAGUUUUUAAAAAUUUACCCUGAUUUGGCUACAACUGAACAAGCAAUAUAUAGUUUGAUCUGGAUUUUUUUUUUAGAUUUAAAAUGUGUAAUUUGUUAAAUUAAUUUUAACAACCUGUAUAGUUGAUAAAAGUCUUGUUAAUUUUAAUUGUAUUAUAGGCUUGUAUUUUAUAUGCUAUUAAUUUUUUAUUAUGAAUGCCAUAUGUAUCAGGAAAAGAUGAAUAAUACUUAAGAAACUGCCAUCAUUCAGAUAAUUGUUUAGUCAUUUUCACCCUCCCUAUGCUUGCCCCCUGUGAUAUUAUUUUUCCUCGCAUUUAUUUAUAUACCAAAAUAAAACCAAACUGGCAGCUUAUACACUUUUAAACUCUGAUGUAAUAAUAAGCACAAUAAAACAAGUCUCAGAGUUUAAGUUCACUGCUAAAUUACUUUUGCAUAAUAUAUAUAUUUUUAGAUAUUAUUUUAGCUCAUUUAUUCACCUUUUUUAUUAAAAUUAAUCAAACGUAAAUUCUGUUUCUUCUAAAAAUUAUUUAUUAAAGCAUGAACUUCUUACAAGAGGCUUGUCUUGUGGUGCUUAUAAUACAAUUGAGAUUAUGUACACAUAUUUUGUUUAAAAAACAUCUAAUAAAGGACAAAAAAAUACAAAAAAUUUCAUCAUAAAAAAAUAAUAAAAAUCAUGAGAGAAAAAUUAAAAAAAAAAGACAAAGAAAUGAAAGAAGAAAAAAAUAAAUAAAAUUACUGUAAAAAGUGUUACGUUUCUUGUAUUGGAAAUGUUUUAAAGAUCUACAUAUGGGAGUCUGUAAUUCAUUUUCUUAUAUAUUCUUUUUUUUUUUUGUAAGUUAUAAUUAUUACGAAUUCAUUUUUAUUGUUUAAAAUUACGUUGGUUAAUUCAGUGUGCUGCAAUAUUGUUAUGUUUGUUGCUCCCCUCCCCCCAGUUCUUGAUGCCUACAGGCUCUAGUGCACUAUGGUUAAGAAUGUUUAGAAACCUGGGUUUGAUAAAAGAAGACUGACGUACUUGUAGGAAUGUAAAGAAAUUAAACUUUCUGUAACAAGCUGUGUAAAAGGUAAAAAUGUUAAUGUUGGGCAUUAAAUGGUGAAGUCUAUGUUGUC